ACUGAAAGUAUGUAGUCACUCUUCAAGGUCAAGUGCGUUAUCGUGCUUGCUACUUGUUAGAUUCUCUCUUCAACGAGUUAGUUACUUUGUAAUUAACUACUUUGCGCAUUGUAUCCAGUGUUAUUAAUAUCACAGCUCAUCACAAGCUUCAAGAAAAAAAUCUUGUCAUGAAUUGUUCGAAAAUUGGAUUUCACUUCGGAGUAGUACAACCCCUUUUAACAGAUUUUUAUGAGUUAACAAUGUCUUAUGGUUAUUGGAAAUCUGGGAAAGCUAGCGAUUUGGCUACAUUUGAACUAUUUUUUCGUAAAAAUCCAUUUAGUGGAGAAUUCACUAUAUUUGCUGGUCUUCAAGAUUGUAUUGACUACUUAAGUUCAUUUAAAUUCACGCAAGAAGAUAUUGAGUACUUGAAAACAAUUAUGCCACAAACUGUAGAUCCUGAUUUCUUUGAAUACUUACUUAAUAUUGACACAAAUGAGUUGUCUUUAUGGUCAGUUGAAGAAGGUUCUGUUGUAUUUCCAAAAGUUCCUAUUAUGCGUGUUGAAGGAUCAAUAAUAUUAUGUCAACUUGUUGAAUCAACACUGUUAAAUUUAGUAAAUUAUGCCAGUUUAAUGACUACAAACGCUGCACGUUUCCGUCUAGCUUGUGGUCCAGACAAGAAGUUGUAUGAGUUUGGUUUACGUCGUGCUCAAGGACCCGAUGGUGCACUUUCAGCUUCAAGAUAUUCCUAUAUAGGCGGUUAUGAUGGAACUAGUAAUGUUUUGUCUGGGAAAAUUUUUGGAAUUCCAGUCGUUGGAACACAUGCACACUCAUUUAUUUCUGCCUUUCAGGCAACUUGUAUGUCAGAAAAACAAGUGAAUGAAUUUAAAGCAUUAGUCAAUGCAACAAAUGGUUUAGGUGAUUCACACGAUCGCAUUCUACAAGAUUUAAAAAAUCAACCAAUGGAAAUAAAGAAUUUUUUAAAACGUUGUUGGCAUUGGUCUGUUCACUUAUCCUAUUUAUUAAAUUAUCAAGUAGAUCAAAUACAUCCAGGUGAAUUAACUGCAUUUGCUAAUUUUGCUGUUGCAUUCCCUACAAAAUUUAUUGGCCUUCUUGAUACUUAUGAUGUAAUUAAGUCAGGUUUACCAAACUUUUGUGCCGUUGCAUUAGCCCUUUAUGAGUAUGGUCAUCAGGCUGUUGGUAUACGUAUCGAUAGUGGUGAUUUAUCUUACAUGUCAUUAGAAGUUCGCAAAGCUUUUCUAGAAAUCAGUUCAUAUUACAAAUUACCUUGGUUUGCACAACUUCAAAUACUUGUAAGUAAUGAUUUAAGUGAAGAUACACUGCACUCUUUAAAUCAACAAGAUCAUUCGAUUGAUUCAUUUUGCGUUGGGACUAAUUUAGUCACAUGUCAGAAACAACCGGCUCUAGGAUGUGUUUACAAACUUGUUGAAAUAAACGGAACUUCAACGAUGAAACUUAGUGCUGAUGUUGAAAAAGUCACUUUACCUGGCAAAAAAAUUGUCUAUCGCUUAUACGGCAAACAUGGUGAAGCUUUGGUAGAUUUAAUGAAACGACCUCAUGAAAUUGCACCGAAAGUUAAUGAACGUAUCCUUUGUAGACAUCCAAAUCUGGCAUCUAAACGUGUCUUCGUUGUACCUGCAAAAGUUGAAGAAAUGCUGAAAUUAUAUUGGAGUUGUGGAAAAUUAGUUACACCACUUUUAACGUUGAAUGAAGCCAAACAACACGUUAUUCGUGAACUGGAUACCCUACGAUCUGAUUAUAAACGUAUUGUUAAACCGACACCAUAUAAAGUCUCUGUUUCGGAUGAAUUAUAUCAAUUUACUCAAGAACUUUGGCUUAGUAUGACACCCAUAAGUGAAAUUAGUUAACAGUUUAUAAUUUCUCUUUUCCCUACAUUUUUAUUUUUCCUAACAAUCCUUUAUUGUAACCUUUCUUGUUAAUUUUGCUACAUAAUCAACUACCAGAUCUUUUCUUACAUUUUGACAGUAUCUUGAGAUACCUAGAAGGAUGUUUUUAUUGUGAUCUCUUCUCUGCAUUAUUUUGUACAUUCAUCAGCUAAGAAAUUAUUUCCGUAGUAAAAUUUAUCUGAGCUAUUAUUAAUACUUGUAUAACGAAGAAGAUACUGUGAAUGAGCUACAUUUAUUCAUUUUAUUGUCGAGACGUUUUUGAAACUAAUCACAUGUUGUGCUACUAUCAAGUGAGCGACCGCUAAAUAAAAUUAGAGUUGGUAAUUCUGUAAAAGUAUGGUGAUUAAAUUAGUUAAAGUGUAUGCAAUAUGACCAUU